GAAUCGAUCGAGGAAGGGUUUUUGGUUGAAAGAAAUAUUCUUAGUCUAAUCGGACGAUUGGACUCUGUGAAGAAAAAUCGAUCUCAUAGCAAGCAUGAAAGAAGCCAUGAUUUUCUCGGCGAGAAAGGGCACUUCAAAAAAGUGUUGUGGCGUCUCCGACGAUGCCCGCGGCGGCCUUUCUACGAUGGACCCCGACGAGCCUUUGCCUCUCUUACCCCUCGGGGACCCACCAACGACACUUUUGACUUUCUUGGACAGCGCUGCUGCGCCAGGUGCGGAGUCUCUGAAGAGCACCGUAGUAGCUGCUACAUCCGGAGUUUUGGCGUCGUCGAAGAAAGCGUCUGCGGUCUCGCAAGGGCGACUUUCAGCGUCUGCUUCGCGCGUACGCAGGAUGCUGCUGUCAGCAAGUAAGAAGAAGGAGGGGAGUAAGAUGCUAGGUGCGGAAAGUCCGAAACAGGGUGGACCAGUGGUAGUAGUCGACGCGCAAGAGGAUGACCAGAAAUCGGGAACGGCUGCUGACGCAGUUCAGGUUGGCGGCGCUUCUGUAGACGGUGACGCAAAAGGAGCGCUUGAUCGCACAUCGCCUAACGAGACGAGCAAUACGAGAUUAGGCGUACCAGAGCAAUGUGGGCCUUUCGGACCGUGUCAUGUAUGUAUGGUUUGUGAAAAAGUAAAAGAUCUCGCAUUCUUCAACACCUCAUAACGCGAUCGGGCCAAGUUCCAGUCAGUGUCUACUUAACUACUUACGUAAAUAUCACAGAUCCAUUCUUCACACAAAUCAUGCUGUUCCGCUCUCGAAGUAGGUCAGCACCAAUUACCUCGCUGCACAUUCAUCACUCCCGUUUGCGUUCUCACCAACGAUUCGUCGGAACGCAGAUACGGACUGCAAUAGUGAGACGAGUAGCCUUCCGCUAGGAGUGGUGCGUGGAAUGGACAUCGAUGCUGAUGAAGCGGGGGACGCUUCCUGUUUGCAGCCAGGCUCACAUACUUAUUCACAUUCUAGUCAUAGUUAUUGCACUGCUUUCGUGAGCCAGUCGGAGUUUCGAAACUUCGAGGCAAGUUUUCUGAACACGGAGCAGCUAGAACUCGACAUCCUGCCAGUAUUAGAGAAAGACAACAACCACUUUAAACUGACGGAGUUUACACGACAGAUCGCACGCGGCGAUCUCAGGAUGGCGAUAAUGGAAAAACUCAACAACAAGAUGACGGCUUCCUCUGCAUCUACCUCUAUUGCAACUGCACCGACGGCAGACGCGAUAACUGGUGAUGCCGGCAAAAUGGUAUAUCCUUCUACUCCACCUCCAGUUGCUGUGACUACGGGAGAAGCACGAGUUGACAAGAUGAUAGUUCACUUCUGUUGCGACUUCUUUAACGGUGCUGACUUUGCUUGUUUUCAAUUCCUACGGUUUGCUGGAUUCGACAGUAAGAAAGCUUUGGACCGGAUGGCGAGUGCGAUUGUGUGGCUACAUGUUGAUAUGUGGAGGACAUUGGCGCCUAUGUGUGACCUCGGACAGUGCGGGGUGUCAGGCGAUGCGCAGGACGACGAGCAUGCCUGUACGGAAAUUAGCGCAAGGGCGGUAUUAUGAAACUCCAACGAGUAUCCGAUAUUUUUGAUUUUUGAUUAUAUGGGUACAGCUUGAUGAAGAAGAUCAAUGAUGGUUCCAAAAACUAUUUUCUAUCAAGCAACUUCACUUUCUUUGUUCUUUUCUCAACCCACCAGCGUAUCGGCUUUGCGAACAGUCCGGAGCGUGCAUUGUUGAUAUCUGCAGGAACGCAGACCAUCCAGCGGACGAUGAUUGGUGGGACCUAUUCGCAUCGGGAGAGGAAAGACGACACACCUGAAAAAUCUGUAGUUUCCAAGAAAGGGGAGGAGGAUCUUGAAGCUUUGGGUCUCAAUAGAACGCCACAGCGAUCCCCAGCACGGCCUUUCAGACGAUUGAAGAAGAAAGCGGAAGCCUACAAAAUCGAUUUGGAUUUUAUGAUGUUGAGAUCGUCAUGGUCAUAAUGAAUGCUGCUCCUUUAACUAGAAAAAAUGCUCAUCCUCCAUCUUACCCACCCUGUCCCCUUUUCAUGUCCUUCGAUUUCGAGGAGAGUCCUCCAUUAGUUGGUGCACCAUCAGAGGCGAUGCUAAGUUCGUCUCUUCUUGCGGCAUCUUGUAGCGCAAAUGUGUCGGCUGCGAUGGCCUUCUCUGCGCCACAGCGGAGGUAUAUGGCAUCGAAAGGAACGCAGACAAUCAUAUCAUAUCCGGACUGUUCUAUUUCGCUGGAGCGAGGGAUGGGGAACAAUGUACUGUUGAAAAGCAGUAGACAGCUGUUCUGAUGCAAAGUUCUUAUAGUCGAUAAUGUUUUUCACAAGUGUAAGGUCCUUGUGCUGUUCCUCUUAUCAUCCUUUUUCCCUGAAUCUAGGUUGUAACCUUCCCAGCGGUCACACACUUCGACGCAUUUAGUAUCAAAUUGGACUGGAUGAGUUCAAAAGUUUUUCAGACUCGAAGCGGGACUGUGGAAAUAGCGAGACUCGCUCCGAUGCUCGAAAGUGUUGGAUGGUAAAAGAGUGGCUGUUCUUACAUUUUGCUAGGAGCGACUACAGAUUGAAAGACACAGACGCAAACCGCUAUCACUAUCUUCCGUUCCUCUUCCUUCUUGCCGAAUGGGCUCGCUAAUAAUGUCGCACCAACAGGAAAGCGCGGCCAUCAUCAACUGCCAGUACUAACGAUCGGUCAUAUCCCGUCGGGCAGCCAUGCCCGCGUGCUUCAGUUUGCGCUCGCCUCACAUUUCUACAAUUGCGAAAGAUGCAACGCAUGAGGGACUUUGGAACAACCGGUUGCGUUUUCCUUUUGGAUUGCAAGGACGUUGGUCUAUUUUCGCUUGCGCGAGCAGCGCGAAAUUUUUACGAAGAUAGGACAGCAAUCCUCGAAAUACUGACCAACAUACCUGGUGGUGUCAACGGUUGUCUGCUGUACAAUUGUGGUGGGGCAAUGAGUGCGGCUGCUGCGGUGUUAGCGAGAUUGUUGUGGAGGUAUUCCCAAUGUGGGUUGGCUUGUAGGUGUCGCUGUUACAACUGGCAUCAAGAGCACGUUUGUAAUUCAGCUCAUCUCGUUACAUCUAUCUAGUAAUUCUAAAUUUGCAAUGCCAUCGUCCCUCAAAAGCCAGAUCCCCCGAAGAUCGUGCACGACUCAGGACUUGCCCAGGGAUGCCCAGUGAGAGGAAUUUGAACGAAAUCGGGAUUGCGUCAGAUAAGUUUGCAGAGAUCGAGACGAGUAUUGGCAGGUUGUAAGUAUCACUGUUGUACUAGCGGCGCUUGUGUUGGGAAAACGUCCACAUCAAGAUCGAGAGAUAGACUCAUAUGCGAGAAAUGCCAAGCAGCUAAGUAGAUACCUCGUUUGGGAGAAAACCACUCAUAAAUGAACAAUAGAAAACUACAUGGUCGUCACUUAGAUUUUGAAAUGAAGAGUGCCAGUGCUCGAACUACUACAGGCUGUGUUAACAAAUCACAUCGAGAAAUCCAAUAGCGAUUUUUUUAAUCUUCUGUUAUUCCUCGAUGAAGAAAGGAAGAACGACAAUAACAUAAAAAUGAACCUACGCUGAGGGUUAGGCAACAUAAGAGUAUGGGGGAGUAUUCCUGAAUUGUGAUUGUCUCGAUUGGAAAACGAAGAAAGUAGAGAAUGAAAACAUGUUUUUGCCUUAGUGUUAGUCAUUAAGGCCGUGUCGUUCAGCAAGUUUUUACAGACGGUUUCCGCUAGAUGUCCUCGUUGACACCUAAAGUAAUGUCAGAUGUAUGUCAAGAGUAUCGCAUCAAAUUAUUCAGAACAACGAUGGCGUCCCGGUCCCGCGAGCGGAUACACAAGCAGCGCAACCUUCCAAGAACAGCGCAUGACCAGGCGGGAAAUGAUAAAACAACGAACAGACCCAAUAGUAUGUUGCGAAUAUUGAAGGUGAAUUCAAAUGAGUCUGAA